AGUGAUGUGAAAGGUAAGGACCUUUCAUUUGAGGAAUUCCAGAAGAUUGUCCUUCUUUUCCUGGUCCUUCUCUCCAUCCUGUCCAGACUUUUGGUAGCCAUGACACAAGGAAAUGGCACUGAGGUGACUGAAUUCUAUCUGCUGGGAUUUAGAGACCAAGAGAAGUUCCACUCCAUCCUCUUCUUGGUAUUUCUUGUGAUCUAUGUGACAUCCAUGUUGGGUAACACUGCGAUGAUCCUGCUCAUCAACACGGAUUCCAGGUUGCACACACCCAUGUACUUCUUCUUGCAACACCUGGCCUUUGUUGACAUCUGCUACACAUCUGCUAUCACUCCCAAGAUGCUCCAGAACUUCAUGGCAGAAGACAAAUCCAUAUCAUUCCGAGGGUGUGUAAUCCAGUUAUUGGUGUAUGCGACAUUUGCGACCAGCGACUGCUACCUCCUGGCAGCGAUGGCAGUGGACCGCUACACAGCCAUCUGCAAACCACUUCGCUAUCCCAUAAUCAUGUCCCAAACAGUUUGCAUUCUGCUAGUAGCUGGCUCAUACCUCAUGGGAUCACUAAAUGCCUCUGUGCACACAGGCUUUACAUUUUCCCUGUCCUUCUGUAAGUCCAACAUCAUCAAUCACUUUUUCUGUGAUGUUCCCCCAAUUCUUGCUCUUUCUUGUUCCAGCAUUGACAUCAACAUUAUUGCACUUGUUAUCUUUGUGGGGUUCAACUUGACAUUUACUGUGUCAGUCGUGACCUUCUCCUACAUCUACAUCCUGGCUGCCAUCCUAAGGAUGUCUUCUGCUUCAGGGAGGAAGAAGGCCUUCUCCACCUGUGCCUCCCACCUCACAGCUGUCACCAUCUUCUACGGGACCCUCUCCUACAUGUACUUACAGCCUCCUUCUGAGCAUUCCCAGGAGGACAUGAAAGUGGCCUCUGUAUUCUAUGGCACUGUCAUUCCCAUGUUGAACCCUCUGAUCUACAGCUUGAGAAACAAGGAGGUCAAAGAAUCUGUGAAAAUGAUAGCCCAAAAGUUCUUUUGA